AUGCUUGGUGAGUUGUUUGGAUGGGAUAAUCAAGCAAUUGUUUGGAAUACUUUAAGCAAGAUAGAAGACUCAAGAAGGUGCAAGGAAGAGAAAGCUAGCUAUCUGCUCCAGAAAAUGGGGAACUGGAAGGCUUGGAGGUACUUCAAGAGGAUAUCUAUCUACCCAAUUAAGAUUAUCCUUCUUAAAGUGACUUCAAACUUCAGGUUCAAAUCAGAAGGUAAGACUACUUCACCAAUGGUUCAGUUAACUUCUCUUUUAUCACUUCUUUUAUUUGUGGUGUUGAAUACAGGGCGGGGAAAUGGACUUCUUAGUCUUUAUAAAGAUAUGGAGUCUUGUGGGGAAUAUGCAGAUAUCCAAGUCAUGUGGAAGAUGAUUGAAUCUUCCUCUCCUCAGAAUGCAUGCCACAAGAAAAGGGUCAAUAGGUCUUCGUAUUGUGUGGUUUGUUUCAGGCCAACUUGA